GUGCGGCCUCCCCGUGCGCGACGACGUCGUUCACCGUCGCCGUCGCGGUGGUCUCUAGACGGGAGGAAGGGCGAACGAACGAACGAACGAACGAACGAACGGCCGACACCGGUCAGGAUUGUCAUCGAUCGCCAGAAGAAACGGUAUCGUAGGUGUUCGGCGAGCGAGUGCGCGAUCGACCGGGCCAGCCGAACCCCGUUAUUGUAUACUGAGAAAAAGAUCGCGCGAUCAGGUAGCAGCACGAAACAAGUCCCGACGGUUAUCGGUCGACCUGCUGGAGUAACAAUGACACGCGCGUCUCACGCGCGAGCGAAUCCGCCGACGGGUGUCCGUGAAGCCGAGCAGUCGGUCGGGCGGGAGCCCCGGCUCUACAUCUGAGGUACGAUUCGGGUACGAGGAUCCCCCCGAGCGAUCUAACCGGUCGUAAUGCAAAGUCGAUCGUGCUCGGGGGGAGAGGAGAGGCGUGUAUCCGGUAGGGUUUUCCGACGGAAGGCGUUUCCGGAAACGAUAGAUACCUUUUCGAGACAAUUAACGAUCUCGGAGCAACACGGAUGAUCGAAAUUCUCUCGAUCUUCGCGAGUGAUAACGGGUGAUCGAUAGUAACACGUGCGACGUGUUAUUAUCAUCAAUCUCGAUUUACGAGACACAUCAGCGAGCCUAAUGAGACGAUCGAAAGAGAGAAAAAGAAAGAAAGAGAGAGAGAGAGAGAGAGAAAGAUACAACUUUAAAGAGGAGGAAGGAAAAAAUAAUCUUAGCGACACGCUAAUUAGUCGCAUUCCAAUCCUAUUUACGUAAAUCAAGAGAGACACGAUUAAGAUCGACAUCGACGGGCGGAACGACGAGAACAGGAUAAUGCAGAAGAUAGCGGUGAUGGCCGCGGUGCAAAAGGCUCACGGCUAUCAUAACGGCAGCAACGCUUACGGGGAUGCGAGUAACGCCCCACCGGAGUAUAACGGCUCCUCGUCAACCAGCAAAAGCGGUCGCUUCGACGCGGAUCUGCACGGCAAUGUUAACAUCCUUCUUGGUGGCGCCAUGAUCAGCGGUGUGAUCAUGAUGGUGGUGCUCAUAUGCUAUUGCUGUCACAAAAACGUCCGAAAGCAUCGACCGCAGGAAUACUCGCAGUACUGGAGAGCCGAACCGGACAUUCAUAGUCUGGAAGUCUUCACCAUGGACACACAUUGCAUCGAGAGAUCGGUAACGUCUCAUCAGGAAGAGGGAAUGACCGUGUCUCUUCCGCCGUGUUCUGUGACCUCAGGCCCGCCACCGGCCUACGAGAGCCUCAUCUUCGACCCUCGGGCGUUGCCCUCGCCGACCGAUAAGAAGGACGAGUCUGACGAUCCCGGCAAUAUUAUCUCACCCCCGAUAAGCAGCUUGCCCACCGAGUUGGAGGCCAAUAGGAUCAACAAACGGGAGGAUAUCCCGAGAGACGAUCAGGAUUUACCUUCCUACGAAGCCGCCCUAAAAUUAGAAGCUGACGGCUACGUUUAAGGAACGAAUAAAGGUUCGCCGAAACUACUUCGAUCGCAGAUCUCCAAUCGUGAAAAUUUUCAGAGCUCUUAGAUAAAACGCCGAGAAUCAUAGAUAUCAAGGAAAAAUUCCAUAAUCGACAUGGUGACUCAGUCGGCUGUAGGCGAUAGCUGUCGUCAGCUGAAAUUAAGUCUUGCAAAAGCAUCUGUGAGAGAACGAUGCAAGGAACUGAGAUUGAUUUUUAAUCAAGGAAAUGGAAGAAGAAAGAAGAGAUAGAUGGUUGAGCAAAUUUUCCAUGUAGAUUUGUGAACCAAAGACAAGUUGUGAAAGAAAUUUCAAGCACAAUUUUUAGAAAGAAAUUAUUUUCACUGCGCGCUUGUGAAUUAAGACGCAUGAAAAAGUACAGAAUAAUUUUAAUCAA